AUGAAUUUCAAUAAAGGACCUAAGCCUAGCUUUAAUAUGCCUUAAUAGGUAUAAUGUCAAAAGGAAGAAAAACCAUAUUCGUAUGUUGAAAUUGAAAGCACAGAUUGCUUUAGGAAUGAAAAAAUUAUAAAAAAUGUUAGGUUUGCUCCAACUAUUACCAUCUUUCUAAGAUAUCAGGAUGAAGACAUUGUUAAAUUCAAAGAUAGAUUAAGGAAAUAAAUAUAAUAAACAAAAGAAACCUUCGAUUUUCAUCCAUCUAUGGCCAAACCAAAAAUGAAAGGAUAACUUAAGUCUUGUUUAAAAUCAAUUUUUGAAUGGGAUUCUUAAGAAUUUUGA